AUGCUGCAACGAAAACUAGAUUGCGAUAAGCCCCCUGAUCCACCUUGCUCGCCCACCUUCCAAAAUGCGCUGGCUGGAAACGUGGCUGCAGCCCCACCUAAUUUUAUAAACCGGUACUGGUCUAUUACCAGGAACGCUUUGCAAUCUGCUGGCCUCGUAAGUUGCGGUUUGCCUCGUCAUGCAGCAAGACUACGGGCUUCUUCCCAAUCUAUGCGUCUUUUGGACUCACCCCAGAUGACUCCGGACAGAAGCGAGCAUAACGAAGCGAGUGUACUCAACGCGAGUCCUCGCAGGGAACGUGAAAUUCUGUGGUCGCAAAGAAUAUUGCUGUGA